GCUUGCGUGUCCUGAACUGGAACUCUCUACAACUCCCGAAAUAACCCAUAUUUGUUAGUGAAAUAAGUGACAGUUUAACUUUUAAGAUUAACAUUCCUUGGUGAGCAGAUAUGGGAUCUCAAGAAGACCCCCCAAUAACUCCAAGGCUAGUGAGCAAACAGGUGCUAGACCCCAAAGAGCCAGUUGAGCUCACUGCUUUCUUGCCGACCCUGGAGUUUGAGGGAAGACAGCAUCCAUCUGUUAAAACUUUUGGCCUCAAAGGGGCACAAAGUCUCCAAAGAAAAAAUGCAGUUUGCUCAAACUCAGGUUCGAUACUUAGGGUACCUGAUCUCAGAACAAGGACUACAUUUGGAUCCAGGCUAGAGGCCCGCUCUGGUCAGCCCCCUAAGCUCGGUCCUCAGGGAGGCAUGGCGAAGUCCAGGGGCCGACUCUACCUUUGGAUGUGCUUGGCUGCGGUGCUGGCAUCUUUCCUGGCAGGAUUUAUGGUGGGCUGGUUUAUUAAGCCUUUCAAAGAAAGCACCACUUCACUGGGCUAUCAAAGUAUGCGGUGGAACCUGGUAUCUGAGAUGAAAGCUGAAAAUAUUAAAUCAUUUCUUCGUUCUUUUACAAAGCUCCCUCAUCUGGCAGGAACAGAACAAAAUUUACUUCUUGCCAAGAAAAUCCAAACCCAGUGGAAGAAAUGUGGACUGGAUUCAGCCGAGUUGGUUCAUUAUGAUGUUCUCCUAUCCUACCCUAAUGAGACAAAUGCCAACUAUAUAUCAAUCAUGGAUGAACAUGGAAUUGAGAUUUUCAAUACAUCAUACCUUGAGCCACCACCAGAUGGAUAUGAGAAUGUUACAAACAUUGUUCCACCAUAUAAUGCUUUCUCAGCCCAAGGCAUGCCAGAGGGAGAUCUUAUAUAUGUGAACUAUGCUCGUACUGAAGAUUUUUUCAAACUGGAAAGAGAGAUGAACAUCAAUUGCAGUGGAAAGAUUGUUAUUGCAAGAUAUGGAAAAAUCUUCAGAGGAAAUAAAGUUAAAAAUGCCAUGUUAGCAGGAGCCAUAGGCAUCAUCUUGUACUCCGAUCCAGCUGACUACUUUGCCCCUGGGGUACAGCCAUAUCCUGAAGGAUGGAACCUUCCUGGAACUGCAGUGCAGAGAGGGAAUGUGUUAAAUUUGAAUGGUGCUGGUGACCCGCUCACUCCAGGCUAUCCAGCUAAAGAGUACACUUUUAGACUUGAUGUCAAAGAAGGAGUGGGAAUCCCCAAGAUCCCUGUACAUCCUAUUGGGUAUAACGAUGCAGAAGUAUUGUUACGUCACAUGGGAGGAACUGCUCCACCAGAUGACAGCUGGAAGGGAAGUCUUAAUGUGGAUUACAACAUUGGGCCUGGCUUUGCAGGGCAUGAUUCCUUCAGGAAGGUUAGAAUGCAUGUUCAUAACACCAAUAAAAUUACAAGGAUUUAUAAUGUAAUUGGAACAAUCAGAGGAUCUGUGGAACCUGACAGGUAUGUUAUUCUAGGAGGUCAUCGGGACUCCUGGGUGUUUGGAGCUAUUGACCCAACCAGUGGAGCUGCUGUUUUGCAAGAAAUUGUCCAGAGUUUUGGAAAACUGAUGGGUAGAGGCUGGAGACCUAGAAGAACAAUCAUUUUUGCCAGCUGGGAUGCAGAAGAAUUUGGGCUGCUGGGCUCCACAGAAUGGGCUGAGGAGAAUGCAAAAACACUCCAGGAGAGAAGCAUUGCUUAUAUCAAUUCUGAUUCAUCUAUAGAAGGCAAUUAUACUCUGAGAGUUGACUGUACACCCCUUCUUUACCAAUUGGUGUAUAAACUGACAAAAGAGAUAUCCAGCCCAGAUGAUGGUUUUGAGAGUAAGUCUCUUUAUGAAAGCUGGUUGGAAAAGGACCCUUCAUCUGAAAAUAAAGAUUUUCCUAGAAUCAACAAGCUGGGAUCUGGAAGUGAUUUUGAAGCUUACUUUCAGAGACUUGGGAUUGCUUCAGGCAGAGCCCGUUACACUAAGAACAGGAAAACAGAUAAGUACAGCAGCUACCCGGUAUACCAUACAAUUUAUGAGACGUUUGAAUUAGUAGAGAAUUUUUAUGACCCUACUUUUAAAAAACAGCUUUCAGUGGCUCAGUUACGAGGGGCACUGGUUUAUGAGCUUGCAGACUCUAUAAUCAUUCCUUUCAAUAUUGAAGACUAUGCAAAAGCUUUGAAAAACUAUGCAACAAGCAUCUACAAUUUAUCUAAGAAACAUGACCAACGAUUGAGAGACCAUGGAGUAUCAUUUGAUUCUUUAUUUUCUGCCGUGAAAAACUUCUCAGAUGCUGCUUCAGAUUUUCAUAGAAGACUCACAGAAGUUGAUCUUAACAAUCCUAUUGCAGUGAGAAUCAUGAAUGACCAAUUGAUGCUCCUGGAGAGAGCAUUCAUCGAUCCUCUUGGUUUACCAGGGAGGCGGUUCUAUAGGCACAUCAUCUUUGCUCCAAGUAGCCACAACAAAUACGCUGGAGAAUCAUUUCCUGGGAUCUAUGAUGCUAUGUUUGAUAUUGAAAAUAAAGAAGACCCUCAAUCAGCCUGGACAGAAGUAAAGAAACACAUUUCUAUUGCAGCCUUUACAAUUCAAGCAGCAGCAGGAACCCUGAAAGAAGUGUUAUAGGAAGGUCUCAGCCAAAUGGCCAUUAAAAGUGUUACUGAAAGUCUCAGGAUAAAAUCCUUCCUUGUUUUUUGAUCA